AUUUAAUAAUGGGUUCAGUUUGUGCCAAGAAAAAAGAAACAAGAAUUAAUUAAGUGAUUUAAGAACCAUCUGCUUCACCUUAUUAACCUGAUCAUUAAGAUUCUUAGUAACAAUAAGAUAAAAAGACUCAACCUUAAACAUUAGUUAAGGUUAAAAUCCCAAAAGUAAUUUAUUAUAUUAGUUCUUUAUUAGAAAAACAAAAAAGUUAGAGAAACUGUUAAAGCAGUCACACUUAAAAAUGAAGAAGUAAAUAUAUAUAUAAUAUAUAUAUAUAGGGAUAAAAAAUGUUAAAUGAUUACGUUUUCGAUGAAUUCUUAGGAUAAGGUGCUUUUGGUAAAGUUAAACUGGCACAUAAGAAAGGAUAACCUAAUUAAAGAUUUGCCAUAAAAAUACUAAAAAAGAGUAAGCUAAAACGAUAAAGAGAGUUUGUUAAAGAUUCUAAUGGAAGUAUAACUAUGCUUUUCUAUUUUUAAAUAGAUUUGGUUGUUAAGGAUGCAUUAUAAGAUGUUAGAAAAGAAAUAGCAAUCAUGAAAAAAAUAAGACACAAUAAUCUUAUAUAACUUUAUGAAGUAAUUGAUAAUCCAACUAGUGAUAAAUUGUUUAUGGGUAAAUUUUAAUCAUUUCUCAUAUAAAUAGUUCUUGAAUUUGCUGAAGGAGGUUAAUUAAUUGAAUGGGAUGAUGAUGAAGGCAAAUUUUAUAAAUUAAAUGAAGAUGAAGAAUUAACAGAAGAUGUACUUUCAUCUCUUUUUAGAGAUUGUAUCAAAGGUCUAGCUUUCCGUAUUAUAUUUAUAUAUAUAUAACUAGUUCAUAAAAAUAAAAUUGUUCAUAGAGAUCUUAAACCAUAAAAUGUUUUGAUUUCAGGUAAAACUGCUAAAAUUGCAGAUUUCGGUGUUUCAUAAGUUGUAGGUUCUAAAAAUGAUGUUCUUGAUAAUACUUAAGGAACUUAUUAUUUUAUGCCUCCAGAAGCAUGUAAUAAAGAAACAGCUAAAGAUGGUUAUUCUGGUAAGGCUGCUGAUAUUUGGGCACUUGGUAUUACAUUUUUUGCAUUUACAUAUUUAAGUGUUCCAUUUACUGGAAAUAGUAUUCCUGAUAUUCUUAAAAAUAUAUCAUCUAAUGAGUAUUUAAUUAUAUUUUAUCAUUUAGAGUUAUUUUUCCAUAGAAUUUUAUCAUUAGUGAUGGACUUAAAGAAUUUAUACAUUUUAUUUUAAAUAAAGAUCCUAAGAAAAGACCAACUAUAUAAGAAAUAGCUAAACAUCCUUGGAUUAAUUAAAGUUCAGCUAAUCUUUUAGAUGAAAUGUAUUUCAUUUUUAUAUAUACAUAUUAUUAGGGAUUAAGAAGAUAAAGUUAUGGAAAUAUCAUAAGUUGAUAUAGAUAAUGCAUUCUCUUUAGUUUCAUUAAUGAAAAUUAAGAGUUGGGCUUAAAAAUGGAGAACAGAAUCUAAUCUGAAAAAAGCUGGACCAUAAACUCCUGUUGAAGAAAUAGAAAUUAAGUGAAU